GGGCCUCAGAGGUGACAGCUCAAGAGGGUGUGUCUACUCCUUAAGGGACAGCAUGGACCAAUCUAUAGCAAUCCAGGAGACCUUGGACACAGCGGAAUAUUGCGUCAUCGCUGUGCAGGCAGUGCUGUGUGAGGGAGUCAGCCGGCAGAGCCGUCUCCUGGGACUGGUGCGCUCCCGUGGCCAACAUGGUGGCCAUGAACAUGCUCUCUUCUUGUAUACCCACCGGAGGAUGGCCAUUACUGGAGAUGAUGUCUCUCUGGACCAGAUAGUGCCAAUCUCACGGGAUUUUACAUUGGAAGAAGUGUUCCCAGAGGGUGAACUCUACAUUCUAGGCUCAGAUGUGACAGUCCAAUUGGACACUGCAAAACUCAGCCUCCUAUUCCAGCUACCCUUUGGCUCACACAGCAGGCUGUUCCUCCAGGAAGUUUCCAGAGCCUGUCCAGGCUUCGACUCUAAGACCCCGGACCCCAAAUUCCUGUGGCUGUCUCGGUACAGGUGCGCGAAAUCUGACCCCGAGCUGCCAAUGCCGCAAGGUGGUUCUCACUUGGAAGAUUUGAGGCCAAAUGGGAAAGGUCUGCUUGUAGAACAGAGCCAGUCUGGUCAGGAGAAACCAGAGAACUUACUCCCAAGACAGACCAAAUCCAAGUGUGAAAUUUCCGAGAUGGUUCGCUCCUCCACUAUCACAUUAUCAGACAAGGCUCAUAUGUUAUCAAUGCAGAAGUUUGGGUUGCGAGACACGAUGGUGAAAUCACACCUAGUGCAGAAGGAAGAGGACUACACCUACAUCCAGAACUUCAGGUUUUUUGUGGGAACAUACAAUGUGAAUGGCCAGUCUCCCAAAGAAUGCCUCCGGCCCUGGCUCUGCGAUGAUAUCCAGGCCCCUGAUAUAUACUGUGUUGGAUUCCAGGAGCUUGAUCUGAGUAAGGAGGCCUUUUUCUUCCAUGAUGCCCCAAAGGAGGAGGAAUGGUUUAAAGCUGUAUCAGAUGCUCUUCAUCCAGAUGCCAAAUAUGCAAAGGUGAAACUCAUCCGACUGGUUGGGAUUAUGCUUCUGCUAUAUGUCAAACAGGAACAUGCAGCACAUAUCUCAGAAGUGGAAGCUGAGACAGUGGGGACAGGAAUUAUGGGCAGGAUGGGUAACAAAGGAGGAGUGGCCAUCAGAUUUCAGCUCCACAACACCAGCAUCUGCAUUGUGAACUCUCACCUGGCAGCCCACACAGAAGAGUAUGAGAGGAGGAACCAGGACUAUAAGGAUAUUUGUUCGCGGAUGCAGUUUUGUCAGGCUGACUCCAGCCUCCCCCCACUCACCAUCAGCAAGCACGAUGUGAUCUUGUGGCUGGGGGACCUCAACUACAGGAUAGAAGAGCUGGAUGUGGAAAAAGUGAAAAAGCUCAUCGAAGAGAAGGCCUUUCAGACCCUGUAUGGGUAUGAUCAGCUAAGAGCGCAGAUGGCUGCAAAGGCUGUCUUUGAAGGCUUCACAGAGGGGGAGCUCACAUUUCAGCCAACCUAUAAGUAUGACACUGGCUCUGAUGACUGGGACACCAGUGAGAAGUGUCGGGCUCCUGCCUGGUGUGAUCGGAUCCUCUGGAAAGGCAAGAACAUCAAGCAGCUGAGUUACCAGAGCCAUAUGGCCCUGAAGACCAGUGACCACAAGCCUGUCAGCUCAGUGUUUGAUAUUGGGGUCAGGGUCAUCAAUGAAGAGCUCUACCGGAAAACACUAGAGGAGAUUGUUCGGUCCCUGGAUAAGAUGGAAAAUGCCAGCAUUCCUUCUGUGUCUCUCUCCAAGCGAGAGUUUUGUUUCCAGAAUGUGAAGUUCAUGGAAUUGCAUAUAGAAACUUUUGUAAUUCAUAAUGGACAAGUCCCCUGUCAAUUUGAAUUCAUCAACAAGCCUGAUGAAGACUCAUACUGUAAGGAGUGGUUGAAUGCCAAUCCCAGCAGAGGCUUCCUCCUGCCAGAUUCUGACGUUGAGAUUGUCUUGGAACUUUUUGUAAAUAAGACUACAGCUACACAGCUCAACUCAGGUGAAGAUAAGAUUGAGGACAUUCUGGUUUUGCACUUGGAUCGGGGGAAGGAUUACUUUUUGUCUGUGACUGGGAACUACCUGCCCAGUUGUUUUGGAUCACCCAUUCAUUCAUUAUGUUACAUGAAGAAGCCAAUCUUGCACUUGCCCCUCGAAACUAUUCGAGAACUGACUCUGAUGCCACUUCAGACUGAAGAUGUUGGGAACCUUUCAAACAAACCCCUGGAAAUCCCUAAGGAGCUCUGGCUAAUGAUUGAUUACCUAUACCAGAAUGCCAUGGAGCAGGAAGAUCUGUUUCAGCAGCCUGGCAUAAGGCCACAUUUUGAGACUAUCAGGGACUAUCUGGAUUCUGGAAAGGAUGACAAACUCAAUACAAUUACCAAUCAUUCCGUAGCCGAAGCCUUGCUGCUUUUCCUGGAGAGUCUGCCAGAGCCCGUCAUCUGUUACAGUGCCUACUAUAACUGCUUGGAAUGUUCGGGCAACUACACAGCAAGCAAACAGGUAAUUUCUACUCUUCCCGAAGUCCACAGAAAUGUUUUCAACUAUUUGAUGUCAUUUUUGCAAGAACUGUUGAGAAAUUCAACAAAAAACCAUUUGGAUGAAAAUAUUCUUGCUAGCUUAUUUGGCAGCUUACUGCUUCGAAACCCCGCUGGUCACCAAAGGCUUGAUAUUGCAGAGAAGAAGAAGGCACAAGAAUUUAUUCACCAGUACCUCUGCAACUCUUCCUGAACCCCUCUCACCCCUCUAGUGGACUUGCAGCUGUCAGUUACCAGUCUCUCCUGUUCCAGUUCAAGGGCUUCCUUCAGAGGAUAUGAGGCCUCUUAGAAGCAAGACUAGCAACUGGAGAUUCUUGACUCCCUCUUUAUAGCUGUCAUUCAUUGCUACUGUGAGCUGUGAAGACACAGGAAGCCCACCAGAAUAAAACUGACAUUCAGUGUUCAACUUUACUUAUUUAACAUGGAUAAGUUGCUCUCUCUUUUUAAUUUAAAAUAAUAUUGAAAUAACUACUUUUUUAUUCUCCCCAAUCUGUCUCUGGUUAGUAAGAACCUAUCUAGUCUCGACUGAGCUUCCCACCAGAUAAUUGAAUGAACUUAGGAGUCCUGAAGGGAUAAUGAAUUGGACAGUAAGAAUGCAAAUGUAAGGUAUUGGAUAAAUGUCACAGUACCACUCCCCACCCUGAAACUCCCUGAGGUUUGAGGACAUGUAUGUAGGCAGACUCAUUUCCUAUUCCCUGGGACUCAACAGCUCUGGACUAGCCACUCAACUUGUCCCUUGAAAGCAAUAUAGUGGCUUGAAAAUGAAAGCAUUGAAGAAAAAUCAUGUUCUGUUGAAACGAGUGGGAUUUCCAGGGCCAACAAAUCCUCCAAGCUGUAUAUUAUGUAUCCCUCUUUCUUAUGUAUGAUAUAUUUUAAUGAUAAAUGUAUUUUU